AUGGUUCUUGCUACACUUUUGCUAGCGGUUCUGUUCGUUGCAGGUGUCAUAAAUAUAUUCUUUUACAUACCCACCGACAAAAUCUGUACUUUCCUUCAAAUAUUAUUUCCCAACAACAACAAAAACAUUAACAAUGGUUGCAAAACGACCAAGAUGGAGAGUGAUGCUAAUUACGGGAAGGAAGAAGAAGAACUCGAAAAGGUGUUUUCAACUUUUGACAAGAACGGUGAUGGAUUCAUAACAAAGGAAGAGUUAAGGGAAUCACUAAAGAUUUUCAUGAACAAGAAAGAGGUUGAUGAUAUUCUUGUGAAAUUUGAUUCAAAUAGAGAUGGGUUGAUUGAUUUUGAUGAGUUUUGUUUGUUGACUAGAGAGUGCAUGGGAGGGGGUGAGGAGAAAGAGAAAGAGGGUGUGAAUAGUAAUGAAAAAAAGUUGGAAGAAUUAGAGGGUAAUUUGAAGGAGGCUUUUGAUGUGUUUGAUAAAGAUAAUGAUGGGUUAAUUUCAGAGGAGGAGUUAGCUUUGGUUCUUAAUAUGUUAGGAUUAAGGGAAGGAAAGAAGAUUGAAGAGUGUAAAGAGAUGAUUAGGAAAGUUGAUAUGGAUGGAGAUGGUAUGGUUAAUUUUAAUGAGUUCAAGAUAAUGAUGAAGAAAGGAGGAGCGAAACUUGUAUUUGAUGCAUAA